GUUUUCCCGGGACGUUCGGGUGAAAGAUGGCGGAAUUACCUCAGCCGCGGAAACGCAGACGCUGUUUCCAGUUGCGCAUGCGCGUCAGACCCCGCGAGCGCGCCGCCCGGGGGUGGAGCUAGCGUGCAGGGCGUCCUCGUGCCUUUUCUUGGUGGCGGGAAACCUGGGUCGAGGUGUCAGGGGCUUGCGGAGUCGCUGCGCCAGCUGGUUCUGCACCUCGCCUUUAGGUCCUCCUUGCUCCUGAAGCUUUCAGUAUUUGUUAUUGUGAAAGAAGUUAAUUCACCUGAAACAGAGGAGGGGCAACCUGAGUUCUCAGAAAGUGACUUCCUGUCCUUCCCUUCUUUAUUGAUCAGAGGCACACAAAGUGUAGUUUCUAAGCUGAAUGAUGACAACAUUGCAGAAUAAAGAAGAAUGUGGAAAGGGACCAAAGAGAAUCUUUGCCCCACCUGCACAAAAAUCUUACAGCCUGUUACCUUGUAGCCCUAACUCCCCCAAGGAGGAGACCCUGGGGAUCAGUUCCCCAGAGACAGAGGCCAGCAUAAGCCUGCCAAAGGCCAGUUUAAAGAAGGAAGAGGAAAAAGCAACCACAAAGAAUGGUCCAAGCAGGGGCCAGGAGAAAAAAAGAAAGGCACAAAACAACAAGCAAGCAGAGAAGAAAGAAAAGGAAAAAUCAAGUCUUACCCCUGCAGAAUUUGAGGAGAUUGUCCAGAUUGUGCUGCAGAAGUCCCUUCAGGAGUGCUUGGGGAUGGGAUCUGGCCUUGAUUUUGCAGAGACUUCCUGUGCCCAGCCCAUAGUAUCCACCCAGUCAGCCAAGGAGCCAGGAAUUACUGCUUCUGCUACUGAUACUGAUAAUGCUAAUGGAGAGGAGGUACCACAUACUCAAGAGAUUUCAGUGUCUUGGGAAGGUGAAGCUGCCCCUGAGAUAAGGACGUCUAAGCUAGGCCAGCCAGAUCCUGUACCCUCUAAGAAGAAAUCCAAUAGACUCACCUUAAGCAAAAGGAAGAAGGAAGCUCAAGAUGAGAAGGUGGAGAAAACUCAAGGUGGACAUGAGCACAGACAGGAAGACCAACUAAAGGAGACAGUUCAGGCUCAUUCUCAGAUCAGGGACCUGCAAAAAGGAGAGAUAAGUGGUUUUGGUCAAUGUCUGGUCUGGGUCCAGUGUUCCUUCCCAAACUGUGGGAAAUGGAGGCGGCUGUGUGGGAACAUUGACCCCUCAGUUCUCCCAGAUAAUUGGUCCUGUGAUCAGAACACAGCAGAUGUGCAGUAUAAUCGCUGUGAUAUUCCUGAGGAGACCUGGACAGGGCUUGAAAGUGAUGUGGCCUAUGCCUCCUACAUCCCAGGAUCCAUCAUCUGGGCCAAGCAAUACGGUUACCCCUGGUGGCCAGGCGUGAUAGAAUGUGAUCCUGACUUAGGGGAAUAUUUUCUUUUUACUUCCCAUCUUGAUUCCAUGCCGUCUAAGUACCACGUGACAUUUUUUGGAGAAACAGUUUCUCGUGCAUGGAUCCCAGUCAACAUGCUAAAGAACUUCCAGGAGAUGUCCCUGGAGCUAUCAGGCAUGAAAAAGCGCAGAAAUGACUGCAGCCGGAAACUGGGGGUGGCCCUGAUGAUGGCUCGAGAGGCAGAACAGAUCAGCAUUCAGGAACGGGUUAACUUGUUUGGUUUCUGGAGCCGAUUCAAUGGAUCUAACAGUAAUGGGGAAAGAAAAGACUUACUGCCCUCUGGUUUGUACAGCCCAGGAUCCUGCUUGGAGAAAAAGGAGGAGGAGGAAGAGUUGGAAAAGAAGGAAGCAGAGAAAACAGACCCAACUUUGCCCAUUCGUAAGCAAGUCAAAAUACAGACCCAAAAAACCAAGCCAAGAGGCACAGCAGAUGGCCGAGGCAGGACACUGCAGAGGAAGAUAAUGAAGAAAUCUCUGGGCAGGAAAUACACAGCUCCUCCUGCACUCAGAAUGGGAAGGAAAGAAGGCCAAGGGAAUUCAGAUUCUGACCAGCCAGGCCCUAAGAAAAAAUUUAAAGCUCCCCAGAGCAAGGCCUUGGCAGCCAGCUUUUCAGAGGGAAAAGAAGUUAGAACAGUGCCAAAGGACUUGGGCAUAUCAGCAUGUAAGGGGGCCUGCCCCUCAGCUGCAAAAGAAGAGCCAAGACCCCAGGAACCCCUGACCCAGGAGGCUGGACGUGUUCCCCUUGAGGACGAAGCCUCCAGUGAUCUGGACCUGGAGCAACUCAUGGAAGAUGUUGGGAGAGAGCUGGGGCAGAGCGGGAAGCUGCAGCACAGUGACAGUGAUGGCGAGGACUUCCCUGUGGCGCUGUUUGGGAAGUAGCUGGUGCUCCUGUGCUCCCUUCUUUUCUCUCUUCUCUGGGACGCAGGAGGGAGAAGUGGCUAAGUGCUGGGGCUGUUCAUUGGCUACGAGGUUCAAGUGUGUGUUGUGCUGUUUCUUUGUUAAUAAAGCAGGUUGCGGUC